GCCUGGGAGAGCAAGGGGCGGCGCGAGGCCGGGGGCGGGGCGGAGCGGAGCGGGUGGACCGAGCUUGGGCUACCGGGAUGCUGUGUCUCUGGAGACGGGAGGUUGGCAACCAUUGCUCUCCUCCGAGCCCGGGACCCUCAUGCCUUCUAACUCUUGCCUCUUUCAGGAUACCGCAGUGGCAUCUUCCUUACUUUGUCCGUUCUUCGGGCUCGCGAUCUUCCUUCCGGAGCCAUGUCAGAAGGAGUGGACUUGAUUGAUAUCUAUGCUGACGAGGAGUUCAAUCAGGACCCAGAGUUCAACAAUACAGAUCAGAUUGACCUCUAUGAUGACGUGUUGACAGCCACCUCCCAGCCCUCAGAUGAUAGAAGCAGCAGCACUGAGCCACCUCCUCCUGUUCGCCAGGAGCCGUCUCCCAAGCCCAAUAACAAGAGUCCUGCGAUCCUGUACACGUACAGCGGCCUCCGCAAUAGGCGAGCUGCUGUCUACGUGGGCAGCUUCUCCUGGUGGACCACAGACCAGCAGCUGAUCCAGGUUAUUCGCUCUAUAGGAGUCUAUGAUGUGGUGGAGUUGAAAUUUGCAGAGAAUCGAGCAAAUGGCCAGUCCAAAGGGUAUGCUGAGGUGGUGGUAGCCUCUGAAAACUCUGUCCACAAAUUGUUGGAACUCCUUCCAGGAAAAGUUCUUAAUGGAGAAAAAGUGGACGUGAGGCCGGCCACCCGGCAAAACCUGUCACAGUUUGAGGCACAGGCUCGGAAACGUGAGUGCGUCCGAGUCCCAAGAGGGGGAAUACCUCCACGGGCCCAUUCCCGGGAUUCUAGUGAUUCUGCUGAUGGACGGGCCACACCCUCUGAGAACCUUGUACCCUCAUCGGCCCGUGUGGAUAAGCCCCCCAGUGUGCUACCCUACUUCAAUCGCCCUCCUUCAGCCCUCCCCCUGAUGGGUUUGCCCCCACCCCCAAUUCCACCUCCUCCUCCUCUCUCCUCAAGUUUUGGGGUCCCUCCUCCUCCUCCUGGCAUCCACUACCAGCAUCUCAUGCCCCCUCCUCCUCGAUUACCUCCUCAUCUGGCUGUACCUCCCCCUGGGGCCAUCCCACCUGCCCUUCACCUCAAUCCAGCCUUCUUCCCCCCACCAAAUGCUACAGUGGGGCCUCCACCAGAUACUUACAUGAAGGCCUCCGCACCCUAUAACCACCAUGGCAGCCGAGAUUCGGGCCCUCCGCCCUCUACAGUGAGUGAAGCAGAAUUUGAAGAGAUCAUGAAGCGAAAUAGAGCAAUUUCCAGCAGUGCCAUUUCCAAAGCGGUAGCUGGAGCCAGUGCAGGGGAUUACAGUGACGCGAUUGAGACGCUGCUCACAGCCAUUGCUGUUAUCAAACAGUCCCGGGUCGCCAAUGAUGAGCGUUGCCGUGUCCUCAUCUCCUCUCUUAAGGACUGUCUUCAUGGCAUUGAAGCCAAGUCCUACAGUGUGGGUGCCAGCGGGAGCUCGUCCAGGAAAAGACAUCGGUCCCGAGAGAGGUCACCUAGCCGGUCCCGGGAGAGCAGCAGGAGGCAUCGGGACCUGCUUCAUAACGAAGAUCGGCAUGAUGAGUAUUUCCAAGAAAGGAACCGGGAGCACGAGAGACACCGGGAUAGAGAACGGGACCGGCACCACUGAGAAAGGAGUCUGGUUGGAAGCAAAUGUUUUUUUAAUGGACUUGCAUCUCCUCACCUUGAUCAGGACUAAAGGACGGAGGCCACUCCACCCCCCCCCCUUCCUCCAAACCCCUCACCCCCUUCAGACACCCAGGGAAUACCCUCUGCCCUACAGGACUGAAGACUGCCUGGCAGCCCUCCCAGUCCCACCCCUCCUGUUUGUCAGGGGAAGGAACCUGAAGACUUUGUGUGGUUGGGAGGGCUGGCAGACAG